CGCCUCGAAACUGUACAGAUGGUCGAAGCCGGAGGCGGAGGCACGUUGGGCCACAUUGUGCAGAAUGCCCCACCUGAAGACCAUGCCCUCAAACGCGAGUACCUCGCGAGCCUCCCCACCGAGCAGGUCAUCGAUAUAUGUCUGCGACUGGAUGUGCACGUCCCGAUGGCGCUGAAGCGCAAUAUCUGGCCCGCGGACUUCCGGAGCGCGCUGCGGAAGACGCCGAAGGUGGAGGAUGUGCCCCCGUCGCUGUCGACGACGGCGGUGACGACGACGACAGCAGCAGUAGCGACGACGACACCGACGCCGCCGGCACCGAUAGCAGGCCCGUCUUCUGCACCGCUGCAGCCGUAUGGGUACCCCUACCAGCACUACCCGGGCUAUGCCUACCCGUACUCCUACCCGCCCCCACCAGGCGUCUAUCCCCAGCCGCCUUACGCCUACCCUGGCGCGCCCCCGUUCUUCACCACCCCGCAUGCCCCCGAUCCAACAAGUGCCGCGGACGACGGCGACCUCCCCAGCUACGAGGACAUGAUCGUCGAGGGGCUCACCGCCGUCAACGACCCCGAGGGCCUCGCCCCAAAGGACCUGUUUAACUGGAUGGCCACGCGCUAUCCCGUGCAGUCCAACUUCCGCCCGUCGGCCAGUCAGGCGCUGCAGAAGGCGUACCGCCGCGGCCGCUUCGAGAAGAGCACAAGCGGGAAGUAUCGGCUGAACCCGCAUUGGGAGGGCGGGAAUUCAUCUACACGACGAGCGACCCGCCGGCCACAGACACAGAGCGCCGCCGCGCCGCUCAUCCCCGCGCCCGCGCCGGGCGGGUACGCCUUCCCCGGCGGCCAGCCGCGCCCGCUGCAGCCGUUCAUCCCCGUCCCGCCGCGGCCCGCGCUCCCCGCGCCGUCCGCCCUCGGCCCGCGUCCGCCGGCGAACGGCGCCGCCCCGCUGCGGUGGGCGCCCCCGAGCGCGGUGCCGCCUGCGCGCCCGCACGUGCCCCCCGCGAGCGAGCACGUGUUCGCCGCGGCGCAGAGCAUGCUGCAGGGGAUCAACUUCGCGGCGGGGACGGAAGGGACUGGGAGGGGCGUGGUGGACCCGUCAAGGGCGGAGUUGCAGGCCCAGCUUGCGUUGUUGGCGGCGCAGCUCGAGGAGGUCGCGCAGGAGGAGGAGGGCGACGGCGGGGAGGACGGGGACGAGGAGGAGGAGGAGGACGCGGAGGGCGAGACGGAGGAGGGCGCACCCGUCGUGUAG